AUCACUGAUUUUCGUUUACCCCAAUACGGUUUCGCAGAACCAAGGAUUUGGUUUGCGGUAAUUGAACCGUUGCUAGAAGCACGGGGCAUUAAGUCCCAAAUAGCCAAAUAUGGUAUGGUGCUGGCAGAACUCCCUCCGUCAGUAUUGACAGAAAUCAGCGAUUUCAUCGAAGAUCCUCCGACGGAACAUCAAUUUGAUAAACUUAAAGCCCUCCUCAUACAACGUACCAGUUUGUCGGAUGAGAAAAGAAUCCAACAAUUGCUCACAGGCUGUGAACUAGGCCCACGUAAACCAUCCCAGCUGCUCAGGCACAUGCGCCAGUUAAUCGGACACCAUAAAGUAGACGAGGUAGUGCUGAAACAGAUGUGGUUGCAACGUUUACCUAGAAAUGUCCAGCAAAUUUUAAUCAUCUCAGGAAAGUCGUAUGACUUAGACCAACUAAGUGACAUGGCAGAUAGUAUUUUGGAUGUUUUAUCCGAUAACACCAUAAGUCACGUAGCAUCUGAUAGUGCCACACCGUGUCAUUCCACACCCACGGCAGACACACCGAUACUCGCCGCCAUUGCAGACUUAGCGGCAAGGAUUGACAAUUUGGAAACUAAUAAGUCUGAUCGACAAGUCCGGAGACGGACUUCACAAAGAAGGUCACCAUCACGACGACGAUCCUUCUCACGACAGCGUUCUUACACGUCUUCUCGGGAUAGCAAUAUAUGCUGGUAUCACUGGAAGUUUGGACGUCAUGCCCUGAAAUGUGUAAAACCGUGCAGCUUUAGCGAAGCCAACCAGGCUCAGGGAAACGCCUCAGCCAGACAGUGAUGGCGACAGCUGUUACUGGCAAGCAAACAAGUCGCCUCUUCUAUGUGAAGGAUAAAACUUCAGACACUUUAUUCCUGGUAGACACGGGAGCAGAAGUUAGCGUAAUCCCUCCUUCACUAUCCAGGCGAUCUACACGGACACCCGGAAAACUGUCUCUCCGGGCAGCUAACCACACAAGCAUACAGACGUAUGGAGAGCAAUCGCUCAUACUGGAUCUAGGUUUACGUCGGCGUUUCACAUGGAUUUUCAUAGUAGCCGACGUCAGUCACGCCAUCCUCGGAGCAGAUUUCUUGAGUAAUUUCAACCUGUUAGUUGACGUCAACAAUAAAAAACUGAUUGAUAACAACACCCAUCUAAAGAUCCAUGGAAUUAUCUCCAGCUAUUCUGUCUAUAAUAUCAGUAUUGAAAGACCAGCAGAUUGCCCUUUUUCCUCCCUACUUCACCGUUUCCCUAAAAUUCUU